ACCAUAAUUGUUACCAAGUUUUUAAAAAAAUCUGUCGUCUACAUUUAGAGUUUCUAGGAUCAGGAACUGCUCUGAGGCUGAAAAGGGGUCAAAUCUUCGGAAAAGUAUAGGAAAGCUAGGGUUAAGAACACAGCUCAUGACUUCUACCUAUGACUUAAGCAGUGCUGAGCCUGAGAUGAUGAAGGAGAACACUUCAAGAAGGAUGGGUAUAGGUGGCCGUCUCCGGGAGUAUUGGCUAGCCUUCAAGCUAGUCUUUAGGUCACUCACCUAUAACUCCUUUACGUCUAGCAGUAUGGCGAUUGACAUUGCCAUGGAGCCUGUUAUCUGGACUGUGGAACACAUCACUAAGUACAUGGGACCUAUGAUGGUUGGCAUGGUGAUACUACUUACUACCUUUGUAGUUGUGAUCAUGUAUCUUAUAGUUCUGCCCGAGUCCAUGGUACGCUCAUCCUAUGAGCUGUGGAUCCAUCUCAUCUUUGGCCAAUGGGUGAUGGUCAACAUUUUAUUCCAUUACUACAAGAGUGUGACCACUAAACCUGGACACCCACCACCUGUUGUGUCUGAGACUGGAGCAGGGGGUAUAUGUAAGAAGUGUAUUGGGCCGAAGCCACUGCGUACUCACCAUUGCAGUGUGUGCAGAACUUGCAUACUCAAAAUGGACCAUCACUGCCCCUGGAUCAACAACUGUGUGGGUCAUUUCAACCAUCGUUAUUUUAUGCUAUUCUGCAUCUACAUGUCCAUCGGUUGUAUCUAUGUCACUAUCUCCGUCUGGCCCCAGUUCCGAGAUGAGUUCUUUGAUGCUAGGAAAACCUUUGAGAGCCUGUUUGGAGAUUCUAUAUUUGCCAGGUCAAUGGAGAUCUACAAUCAAGCCAAGGCUGCAGAUACAAUCAGAAAUAUGAAUGAGACGGAACUUGUGAAAAAUGGAGCACCACUCAUCCCGCCAAAGUACACUCUGUCGUUUUCAGAGAGCAUGCAUCAUAAAGCAGUUGUUUAUGAAUUCUUUGUCUGCUCUGGGGUUACCAUAGCAUUAGGUGGACUGUCUAUAUGGCAUGCUAGACUGGUCAGUAGAGGGGAGACUAGUAUAGAGAAACACAUCAAUGAUGAAGAGAGAAAGAGACUCAGUAAACUCAAGAUAGUCUACAAGAAUCCAUAUGACUUUGGAGUAAGGAAAAACUGGGAAAUCUUGUUAGGAAUCAAUGUUAGACAUAGGUCUUUCAUCAGGCAUGUACUCUUUCCUUCAUCUCACUUACCAGAGAGAGAUGGUGUACACUGGAUCAACCAGCUGACCCCAGGUUACGUUGCAAAGAGUGUGCCUUGACCUUUGACCUUUGACCCGUGCUCUCAAUCAUGUACUAGAAAAAUCAUGUCCUUAUUUAUGUUGAGACCCUUUUUUUUAUAUGUAGGAAUAUAAAUAUAAGUAUAAAUAUGUUUUUUCAGAAAGAAUGAUAAUGAUAAUCAUGUUCUUGUAUAGUACCCUGCAAUUAGCACCCUGUCACAUUAUGAUACAUGUAUAAAGGCUCGAUGCGAUUCCAAAGUAAUUAAGAAUGUAUUACCCAGAUCCUAUCUCUGUCAAACCAUUAACAGAGCACAGUGCAUCCCAAGGUAUAAUUCCUACCAUGUAGCCAUUAACUACACCUGGGUCAAGAGUGGCAGUUAUAGAUUAAUGUCUUGCCAACAGACAUGAGUGUGUGGCGACAAAAUGGAGUGAGUUGAGCUCAUCGAUUUGUGUUGGGUGGUUUGCUGAAGCUUGUGCAAUCUUUCAGCACAAACUCACUUUAUGAAAGAUCAUGAAAUUGAAAAAUAUAAAGUGAUAGCGAUGUAGGCAGGCCUAAAUCUACUUUAAUCUAUAGGUAUGAUGAUAACAAGUCUUUCAGGUAAGAUCAUCUAUGGGCUUUCCACAACAUGUUGUGUGGACAAGACUAGCUUUUAGAGUUUACCAAUAGGACAAGGAAAGUUCUUUUGCAGUAAAUAAGGUAGGCGUGGGAUCAGAGAAAGACACUCUGUUCCUCGGACAGAACGUUAACUGGAGGCCCUGUGUGUAGGGGAGUCGCACCCAAUGCUCGUUAAUACGCUUCACUUCUUGCAAAGAGUAGAGUGUAAACUUCAUGUUAAGUGUACAUGCAUACACAACUGGUAGUCUAACGUACAUACAGAUCUUUGGGGUAGGCUGCACAGCCCUAUGAAGAUUAGAAGCAGAAGAAAAAGAAAUUCCCCUCUAUCUUAAAGAGAACAUCUUGUGAUAUGGGGUUGACAGAGAACUAUGUACUAUGCAUAAAAUCUAUGAUAAAAUAUUAGUUGUUGUUUUAUUGGCGUGUAUCAUUAAUUUAUGAACUUUUUACGCUGAAUUCAAAUGGCAUUAAACAAAACUAAAUGGAAGCAAAAGAAAGAAGGACAAAAAUGUCUUAUAAGGGGUGAAGUCUUGUGUAGUGCCCAAGAAUUUUUUAAAUGUUAUUAUUGUGUCUGCAUGUCUGGCGAUUUUUGUCUCCCUCUAUCUAUGCCCACUUGCCCAUCUUUUAGUAAAAAAGGAAAUUGAAAGUAGCCCUCCCCCCCUCCCCCACCCCUCACCAUGCCCUUAUGGAUGAAUAAAUGCUGCAUGUGACUUAUGAUGAGAUAAAUGAAAGGAGAAAUGCAUGAGCUGCAUCAUAUGUUUGGUUAAUUGCAUUUUUAAAAACCAAAGACAAGUUGCAUGAUCACACCAAAUCACUACAAAGCUAUUAGAAUUGGUCUAUUUGUGUAUAGUGAAUCCUCAGUACUGUCUUUCAUGUGUUUUAUUUUCUUUUGACUGACCAGAGAUAACCAACUGGUCAUAUCAUUAUCUACAUGAUUGACGGCAUAGAAAAUCCCACAAAGAUUAUGCAUUGUUGAAAAUACUGUAAUUUGAAUUAUGUAAGGAUGCUACAAUGUUAUUUCAAUUGACUGUAUAUGAUUGUUUGAUUGUUCAAAAGCAUAUAUUUAUCAAAUUCAUUUUACCAAAAAGACAUGCCACAUAUGAUAGAAUGUAUCACCUAGCACAUCUAUAGCUACACGUAUCUGCCUUCAACAGAUCUUGUUGUGAUAAACAUUAUACGUAUUUCAAAUAUUAUGUGAAAAGUAUGAAAAUACUAGGGUAAAGAAUCCAUAGCAUAAAAUUAAUAAUGGUAAAGCAAAAACCAGCAGAAUUCAGCAAAUUAAUGGCUCUGCAUAAUGUUGUAUAUCAGAUGUCAGCUUUUUUGGAUUUUGUAUAUCAAUAAACUUAAAGCUAGCUUGGUAGAAAUAUAAAAUUUCUCAGCUGUUGAUCAUGAAUGUCACUUUAAUAUGCAGAGAUCAUAGUGGUUAGCAAUAGAUCAUGUUUGAAAUAUAAUCGUUAAUUAUAUUAAUUAAUUCAAAAUCUUAAUCAGGUUAUCAUAUUUUAAUAAUAAAUGAUAUUGUGUGAUCCAUAAACUCUUCCUUUCAUUUCUGUGGCAAUAAUUUUGAAGGUGGUCAUAUUUGAUUUCUUUUGUCUUUAUUGAAAUUCAUCUCUGAUAGCAUUACUAUUCCACCUUGAAUUUAAUUUGCUAACUAUAUGAAACAGACAUUGCUAGUGAGUUUAUCAUGCAAAUAUUCAUAUUUGUAUUUUGUUCUUAUUUACAAAUCAUAGUAUGUCUAUUACAGAACAGACCCCAAGUGUUAGUGUAUUGUUUGUCUGUUGGUUUUUUUUUUUUUUUUUUAAAUUUUAAUAUUGAUGAAUACAUUCUUUACAAAGUAUUGUAAAAAGAAAGCCCAGAAAAACACAUUAUUUUUCUCUUGUGUGCUGCUUUUGUAUCAAUCUUAUGCCUAUGCACUCUAAAGUACAUGUUUAAAAAGGGUUGUAUGGUAUACUUUGAUGAACAAGUUCUACUCAUUGGUAAAUCACAGACGUGUUUAACUAUGGUUUUAUAAUAUGGUGAUGGUCUUUCUAUAUUAAACAGAACAAUAACAUAUCCAUAUGCCAUUACACGCUCGCCUAUCAAAAAGAAAUAGAAUUCAAUAAAUCAUGAUUAUAAUUUGUCUCAAAAUCGUAGCACAUUAUGAUGAGAGUGCAUGAGCAUACCUGUAUUUGGAAUAGACAAAAUGCAUAUUUCAUUUCUCUUCAUCACUUGUUUUUUUCUUCAGUUACCUUAUAUUAGUCACAUGACCAGUGCACAUUCCAAUCGGAUACCACUUUCAUUUUUAUACUAUUUAUCUAUGAUUUGAUACUAAGUUGAUGUAUAUAAAUGAUACCUAUUAGCAAUACAUUAUACAGUGAAAUAUGAUGCUAAUUUGUGUAGGUCUAAGCUCUGAUCUGUCUGAAAGUGAAAUGGAGAAUUUCAUGGAUGAAUAUGAAUUUUAAAAAUGUGUCAUGUAUUCUGAUAAUGUAAACAAAGGAGGCAUGUUGAAUAUUGAUAUGAAAUGUAAUGUAUAUUUGUGCGAUUAUCAUAAUGUAUAAACGUAUACAUGUAUUUACAUUGUUUUUGAUACUGUGUUAUUCCUUUUGACAGUACUGAUGUUAUUUUUGUUUUUUUACACUACUAUUUUAAUUACUUCCUUUGAUUUUUGCAGUGCAUUAUCAUUUUUUGUUUUGAUAAUAUCUUGUAUUAUUUUCAUGAAACUGUUUCAAAAUGGCCUGGAAAGUUAUAAAUGUUGUGAUAUUAUGUGGUAUGGGAUAAUAUAAAUAGGACAUGAAGGCAUGUGACAAUGAAUCAUAUCUCUUGAUUAUUAACGUGACACAAAUAAACACCAUAAAACAAGGAA